AUGGGCACACUGACGGGCGGAGAUCCAGUCCUGGACUCUUACUGCCGCCACAAACUACCGUCCAGCUGUCGCUUGUCCUCAAUAGGUGAGUGUUGCGCCUGCUACGAUGAGCGAGGGCAUUCGGCAUCAUACAGCACGUACAUCGACGGCGUUGGAUUCGUACUUCGUGGGACAAGAUGGCAAAGAUAUUGCUGGUUUUGCAAAGAGUUCUGGCAGAAUCGAGUGGAAGCCUCGGGUCUUCGCACGGCCCAAACCAGAAUACCGGAAGUACCAGAUUGUACCGACUUCCUCAAUCGCUGGUAUGAGUUCCACCAAGGCCACAGAAUAGUCAAAAGAGAUGACGGAAGCGAAGAGCGAGUUGCCGUGCUGGGAGAGGACUUCAAAGACGUUCCACCAGGCUGUUUACCGCGAACGUUGGAGGAACUGCGUGCUGGAAGAGAACGCAGCGAAAUGGAAGAAAGAGAACGAGAGCAAGCUCGAGAGCAACAGACGGAUGAACAACCCAUUGAGUCAGGGCCCACACUUGAUCAGACUCUGGACCAGCUUUUCGAGGCUGCAGCUGCUGAGGAGAGGCCAGCUCGCCGUAGUGGCGCUUCGCCGACGGAACAACAGGACUCCGCAGCCCACAUGCAACCUCAGAACAAUAAUGUCCACGCACAAUCCAUGGUAGCCGCUGGAUCUCGUAAUCGUGAAUAUCAGGCUCGCCGAGUGGCGGCUUUGCGUCGGGAGCUGCACAGGAUGCGCAGUGGCAUCGAACGUGUGGUCUCUGGGCUGCGUGAUCUCGGCGAGGGUGUGCCAGACCACACGGAAGCUUCACACCAGCUGUCAGAUCUCGGACGUACCCUCGACAGUAUUGCAGGAGUACCCUCGCACGAAGAGGCGCAACGAGCAAUUGAUAGCGUCAACACGCUGGCCAGCAACAUUCCGAUGACACAGAACGAUCGCACUCUUACAAGCAUUCAGAGCCGAGUCGACGAGGCCAGACAGCAUGUCGAGGAAGCCCGCAGAAGCCGGGAUCAAGCCGCAGGAGAGUUGGAUCUCGCUGAGCAGGAGCUUCGCCACUCACAGUCGCGGUUGCGGCAGGUACAGAACGAGCAGCGAACAACGGAGAAUUACAUGCGCACGUUUGGCACCCGAGAGGAAGUCGUUGCCCAAGGCGAGAACUAUGAAUCUCCGAUUGGCGGCAUGUUCGACAGAGCAAUUGAGCGCUUCCGCGCCGCAGAAGAAGUGCGGAGAGAAGAGCGUACUUUAAGACAGGUACUCACAGAUGAAGCAAGGUCUGGAGGCGAGACAGCUGUUGCGCGAUUGAUGGAGUUGGAACAGCAAGAGAGGGAUGUUUGGGGCGUGCCACGGCCGCUUGGAGCUGACGGCCGCAGCGCCGCGCGGUCUCGACAAGAGGCCACUGGCAAUAUGAUUGGCAUCUACCCACGGUCUGGCUUGAGUUCCAGAGAAGAGGGACAUGAGCUGGAAGAGUAUUAUUCGCUACUCCUGCAACGUCAGGAGCGGGUUUCUGCGCCAGAGGAAGAGACAUCGGCAGAUGUUGCAAACGGCCUUGCCGCCAGCGACUCGCCCAUGACUCCCCGGGGAAAUGGCAGACACCAGCGGGACUCCUCGCUUGCGAUCAAUGGGGCACCGGAAACAGAGCCUGGUCCGGCUGAUGAGCCACUUGCGAGAAAUUCGAGAGACAUCUUAGCGGACACUGCAGUCGUUGCUGGACCACCGGGACAGCAAUUGGACGAUGAUCCGACGAACAACAACGACCGCGGACUGGACGCCGUCUUCGUCCUAUCUGCCUUGUCAUAUCCGGACGGUCUGCGCAGCGUUGUCCUGGAACUACCAGCGGUCCAGGAGCUUGACUCAAUUACGGUGGCAUAUCUCCUCAUUCAACUUGAGACGAACAGCUUGGACACGUCGUCUCGCGAGUCUAUCGAGAACAUCAUGUCCAACACGUCCCUGAUCUGGGGUGUCGGUCUACCAGCAGAGAGGAACCGCCGCAGACGCGAGCGAGGAGAGCAGAUCACUUUCACGUCGGACGCAUUUGAUUUAAUUUCAUCUGGGCUCAUCAUAGUGCAUGACGUCGAGGUCAUGGCGGAGGCCUUUCAAAUGAGUGCGCAAUUACGGCGGAUGUCGGGCCUGAGUGCACCGGAGCAGCUUGCGAUGUUGUACAGACUUCAGCGAGGCGAUCGAAGCGAGCCUGAUCGACGGAUUCUUUUAUCGAUGCUCGGGCACGAGCCUACUUUCGAAGUCGCACGGCACAUCCAUGAGCAAGAUCCAAAUGAUCUCACGAUCGAUGAAAGUAGUCGGCGUGCUACCCUGGAUGAUGAGAGACGAGAGGCCGCUCGCCAAGGGGACAACUCCAGAUCUGAGCUCGAUACGCAACGAAGGGCCACGAUGAACGUAGCUGUUGCUGCUGGGCGGAUGGCUAUGAAUGCAGGCCCCACGGCUCUUCUCGAACAGAUGGCGAGCCGCGAUGCCGAGACCCGUGCAGCCUAUGAACGGCUUCAACAGAAUGGUUUCGUCCCGGCGGAGACGAUGUCAAGUCGUCGAUUCCGAGACUCGCUCAGAGACGUCUCACGUCCCAUGACCAACGACGGUCGGCCUGCUGUGACCUUAUCCGAGUCAGACGUAGAGUCAGACGGCGAGAGUCGUGGACUGGAUGCGAAGGACUCUGGUAGACCGGAGCAGCCCAUGACAGACGAGCAGAUGACGCUGAAGCUCGAAUGUCAAGUCUGCUACUCCCAGCUUGCAACAAUUGCGAUGCUUCCCUGCGGUCAUCUAACAAUGUGCCAAUGGUGCAGUGAUCAGCACUCUCCGACUAUGGCGCAUGACAGGACGAGACCGAGAACACAUGCAGCUUGUCCUGUGUGCAGGAAGAGCAUCAGGCAGAAGGUGAAGGUGUUCCGGUCGUGA